CCUACACGCGGGAACAGGGGAUUAGGUCGGAAACCACCUCGGGGAAAGAGAACACCUAAACAUCAAAGAGAGCACUUGUGUUGCGUACACUCUCUCGAAUCCCGCUCCCGCUCCAACACCAUCACCACCACAUCGUCACCACUCUCCUUUGUAUGCAACGCCGCAGUCGUCGUCUCCGCUCCUUCCACCAAGAAAGACGACUCAAGAAACCACGACGUCACACCAGCCAGCCACAAUGGGCACUCCCGCUGGUGACCCCACUGCAAUUGCUCCAAUACACUACCUGCACCUCCUCCAACAGGACCCCCGCGCAUUCAUCAAUGAGAUUCCCCCCUCAUAUAUGAUCACGGCUGUAGUCAUCUUUAUCACGACUGCACUCAUCAGUGCCUACGUCUUCCUCCACCUGAUCGCGCACCAUCCGCGCCUCUCCACAGUAUCGGAGCGCACCUUCCGUACGACGGCCGCAUCGGGAACACCGACAUCGCCACAGCCGCUCCCCACAACCUCCACCGACGAACCCACCCUAACCCUCUCCGUUGUCGUCCCCGCCUACAAUGAACAGGCGCGUCUCCCCACCAUGCUCCUCGAAGCCGUCGAGUUCCUUGCGAGCGCCUACGAACCCGAGGACUGGGAAAUCCUCGUCGUUGACGACGGCUCCAGUGACGACACCGCCUCCAUCGCCCUUCAGUUCGCGGCGGAGUCCCCGCUCGUGGCGUCGGGCCAGAUCCGCGUUGUGAUGCUGGAGCGCAACCGCGGCAAGGGCGGCGCGGUCGCACACGGGAUGCGCCACGUCCGCGGGAAAUACGCUAUUUUCGCCGACGCCGACGGCGCGAGCAAGUUCUCCGACGUUACGGCGCUGAUGACGGCUGCUCAAGGCGUGGAGAAGAAGGGCUACGGGAUCGCUGUCGGCAGCAGGGCGCAUAUGGUUAAUACCGAUGCGGUGGUCAAGCGCAGUUUUGUGCGGAAUCUACUGAUGUACUCUUUCCAUAUGCUGUUGAAGACGGUGGGUGUAAGGGAGAUUCAGGACACCCAGUGUGGCUUCAAGCUUUUCUCAAGACAGGCGGCGAAAGCUGUGUUUGAGGACUUGCGGACUGAGGGCUGGAUCUUCGAUAUUGAGGUGCUGCUGCUGGCGGGGUAUAAGGGGAUACCUGUCGUCGAAGUGCCGGUGAGCUGGCAUGAGGUCGAAGGGACGAAGAUGGAUCUUGUUAGCGACUCGAUCCGUAUGGCGUGGGAUUUGGGCGUUGUCAGGGCAGGUUAUACGGUCGGCGUUUAUGGAGUUGGACCCGGUGGUCCCGAGAGGUAGACCGAGUGUUUCACGACAAUCAUCAUUUUUUGGUGUUGUGGGAGUUGUAAGAGUACGUACCUAGACAGAAUGAGAUACCGUGC